UUUUCUGUUUAGGGAGGCUGAUAGAAGAGAAGGAUCGUGGCAGCACAGCCCGAUGGACAAUGUUUGCUCGAAAGAGAAGAGGCGAUAAAACCUUGUGAUGCGUUAAUAACAGGAGUUUUAUGGAGAUUACAAUAUCUGCUGUUCAUUUACAUAUAAACAGCCAUAUUUAAGAAGUCAUUUGGCUAAUAUUACUAUUCUGUAAACAUAUGAGGGUCUUUAUUUACCUCCUAAUGUGACGCAACAGCAUCCGUGGAUUCACAGCCAGACUCUUUGAACAAUAGGACAGCUUUUGUUAUGUACUGGACAUUAUAUUUUAAAACAUAAGAAAGCCUUGUGAUGAAUAGAUAGAUCUGUUUUUGAAUCAGGUAUAUUGUUUUGUGGCACUGGUGGUGGUCUGAGUAAUUUAAGUUCACUAAGGGGCAGUUACAUGAUGUACCAGAAUGGGUCAUCGGGCUGAUGUGAAGAUGAACCACAGAAGCAGCCCAGCAAAAGCUUAUGAUUUCCUUCUGAAGUUCCUGCUGGUUGGAGACAGUGAUGUGGGGAAAGGGGAAAUACUGGCCAGUCUACAGGAUGGAUCUAGUGAGUCGCCCUAUGGAUACAAUAUGGGAAUCGAUUACAAGACAACAACCAUAUUGCUCGAUGGACGCAGGGUCAAGCUCCAGCUUUGGGACACCUCAGGACAAGGCAGAUUCUGCACCAUUUUCCGCUCAUAUUCCAGAGGGGCACAGGGUGUUAUCCUGGUAUAUGACAUCACAAACCGGUGGUCGUUUGAUGGUAUCGAUAGAUGGAUUAAAGAGAUUGAUGAGCAUGCACCGGGUGUCCCAAAAAUCCUGGUGGGGAACAGGCUUCACCUGGCCUAUAAGCGUCAGGUGACCACCGAGCAUGCCCAGGCAUUUGCAGAGCGACUGGGCAUUACGUUCUUUGAGGUCAGCCCUCUCUGUAACUUCAACAUUACUGAGUCCUUCACUGAGCUGGCACGGAUUGUGCUCAUGAGGCAUGGUAUGGAGCGGCUUUGGAGACCCAAUAAAGUAUUGAGUCUGCAGGACCUGUGCUGUCGUUCAAUCGUGUCCUGUACUCCAGUGCACCUUGUGGACAAACUUCCCCUGCCUGUUGCCUUAAAGAGCCAUCUGAAGUCCUUCUCCAUGGCAAAUGGCCUCAACGCCAGGAUGAUGCAUGGCCGUUCCUACUCAGUCAUAACCAGCAGUGCUAAAAAAAGGAACGGAACCAAAAAAACCAAAGUCAUCUAUCUGCCACUGAGCCCCUCCCAGAACUGUGCACGGACAAGCUGCAAGAUUUCAUAGUUCAAUGCCGUUUCUGUACUUAGAAAUACGCAUUCAAAAUGCAGUUUAAACAAGGAGCUAGUGUUCAAAGCCACCACAGUCUUACAAUAAAUAUGAACAAGCUAGAGAAUUGUGGCUUAUGAUGUCUUCGAUCUAUCAAGGUGAUUGAUCAGCCAUGUUAGUUUGUUUAAAAAAGAUGCUCUUGGCCAUAUCCAAUAGCAACUGCUGAAAGAGACUGGGCAGACUGACAAGUGAGGAUCUGUUUCUAAGUGUUGCCAAGCCUUUAUAAUGCUCUGCAUUGUUUAAAUAUAUGUACAGUUCAAGUUCUUUUGUCUUGUAAAUGUAUUGAAACUUGAUGGUACUGCAUUUUCUUGUGGUGGACUCUUUUGCUACCGAACUUGGACCAAGCCAACAGGAGAAACACAGGUGGCUUUUCUGCUUUGUAAUCACUUUACUUUCAAAAUGGACAUUACUAAUAAUGCCAGCUUAAUUUCUUUCACUACUUUUAUUCACACAUUUUUCAGGGGCAAAGAGAGAAAAGUCAAGGUUGAGACGCACAGCUCUUUUAUUGUGUGUAUAUAUAAUUUGUUUUGUAUGAUACUACAUUGCUAGAAUUCUUAAUUAUUGUGAUACACUUGAUUGGUGACCAAUAUUGUAAGUUUAUCUGGGAAACACACCAAAGACAUUGAAGAUUACAAUGUGACUUAAUUUGUCACAUUGAAAACAAAUACAUUUCAGAUUUACACUGCAAGCGAACACAAAUUUCUAACAUGCUGUCAUAUCUUGUAUAAAUAAAGAUAAAACCA